UUAAGGGUUCGCUUGCAGGGAAACAUGUCCAACAAGUCUGUGUGCAUUUGUGACUUUGAGCACCAUGCUAAGAGAGUCUUACCCAAAGCGGUGUUUGACUAUUAUUUCUCUGGAGCAGAUGAGCAGGAGACCUUAGCUGAUAAUGUAGCAGCUUUCUCCAGAUGGCGCUUGUUCCCACGUGUGCUGCGAAACGUUUCCAGAAUGGAUCUCUCUGCCACGGUGCUGGGCCAGCGUCUCAGCAUGCCUGUGUGUGUGGCAGCUACUGCCAUGCAGAGGAUGGCUCACCCUGAUGGAGAAACAGCCACUGCAAGGGCUUGUCUGCUCACUGGCACAGGAAUGAUGCUCAGCUCCUGGGCCACCUCUACCAUUGAGGAGGUCGCUGAGGCAGCCCCAGACGCCGUGCGCUGGAUGCAGCUCUAUAUUUACAAGGAUCGAGCUCUGACUCACUCGCUGGUCAGGAGGGCCGAGGAGGCUGGCUAUAAGGGUAUCUUUGUCACUGUGGACACACCUUACCUUGGCAGGCGGCGCGAUGACGUGCGCAACCGCUUCAGGCUGCCCUCUCAUUUGAGGAUGGCCAAUUUUGAAUCCCCUGAUUUAGCGUUCUCCUCAAAGAAGGGCUAUGGUGAGGACAGCGGCCUGGCUGUAUAUGUGUCUGAGGCCAUAGAUCCUACACUGAAAUGGGAGGAUGUCGCUUGGCUGAAGAGGAUCACCUCCUUGCCCGUAGUGGUCAAAGGGGUUUUGCGAGGGGACGAUGCCAAGGAAGCUCUGAAAUUUGGAGCUGAUGGGAUACUUGUGUCAAACCAUGGAGCAAGACAGCUUGACUGUGUUCCAGCCACUAUCGAUGCUUUACCUGAGAUUGUGGAGGCAGUAGAAGGCAGGGUGGAGAUUUACCUGGAUGGGGGCAUACGGAGGGGUACGGAUGUGCUAAAGGCCCUGGCUCUGGGGGCGAAGGCUGUAUUUGUGGGAAGACCUAUCCUGUGGGGCCUGGCAUGUGAGGGUGAGAAAGGUGUCAGUGAUGUGCUCCAGCUGCUGCGAGAGGAACUUCACCUUGCAUUAGCUCUUACAGGAUGCCGUUCACUGAAAGAAGUGGAUAGGACUCUUGUGAGAAGAUCUGGGCACAUCUCAAAGAUCUGAUGUUCUGGACAACUUUAACACUCAAAUAACCAUCCUUGGUAAAUCUGGGUUUCAAUUAAAAUGCCACUCAAUUAAAAUUGAUUUUUUGCCAAAAUGUUUUUAGUAGAUCUUAAUUUUUUAAACAUCUUAAUGUUAAUUUUUAAAAUAAAAAGCUGCCAGGACUUCCCAGUAACAAAGCUCCUCCGUAUGUAUAUUUAGCUAGCUGAAACUGAGUAUAUACCAUUUGAAGUCAGCCCAUUUAAUCACAAUUAUGAUAUAUAUAUAAAAACAAUAGAUAGACAGCUAAUUCAUUAGAUAGUACACAAAACAAUAAUAAACUGGAAAUUAAUAAUCUGUUAAUUUAUAAAUUAAUAUUUAAAUA